AUGGUCCCGAGCCUGCAGGUGCAGCUCCUCGCUCCCUCGGGGGCUUUGACAGCUGGUUCCCCCCAGGUCCUUCCUCAGAUCCCCGUGAAGAGAGGUGGCCCCCAGGGGGCAGGGGUCCUCGGGGUGCACCUGGAGGGUCCAUUCAUUAGCCAGCAGAAGCGGGGUGCGCACCCCGAGGCCCACCUCCGCUCUUUUGCGGCCGAUGCCUUCUGUGAUGUGCUGGCCACCUACGGGCCCCUGGACAACGUCUCUGUGCUGACGCUGGCCCCCGAGCUGGAGCACAGCCAGGAGGUGAUCCGGGCGCUGACGGCCCGCGGCAUCCGCGUGUCUCUCGGGCACUCUGUCGCUGACCUGCGGACGGCUGAGGCUGCGGUGCAGAGCGGGGCCACCUUCAUCACCCACCUCUUCAAUGCCAUGUUGCCUUUCCACCACCGCGACCCAGGCAUCGUGGGACUCCUGACCAGCGACCAGGUGCCCCCUGGCCGCCGCAUCUUCUACGGCAUGAUUGCUGACGGCAUCCACACCAACCCUGCCGCCCUGCGCAUCGCCCACCGGGCCCACCCCCAGGGGCUGGUGCUGGUCACGGAUGCUGUCCCUGCCCUGGGACUGGGCAAUGGCCGCCACACGCUGGGACAGCAGGUGGUGGAGGUGGAGGGGCUGUCGGCCUACGUUGCAGGCACCAGGACGCUUUGCGGCAGCAUCGCCCCCAUGGAUGUCUGUGUGCGGAACUUCCUGCAGGCCACAGGCUGCAGCGUGGAGUCGGCCCUGGAAGCCGCAUCCCUUCACCCUGCCCAGCUGCUGGGGCUGGAGAAACAAAAGGGGACCUUGGACUUCGGUGCUGAUGCAGACUUUGUGGUGCUUGAUGACACCCUCCACGUCCAGGCCACCUACAUCUCGGGUGAGCUGGUGUGGCAGGCGGAGGCGGCCAGGGAGUGACCGAGGACCACGGUGCUGA